AUGUCGCGAGGACGAGAAAAAGCAUCAUCUCUGUCGUCAUCGUCAGCGGCAGCGACAGGAACGAAUAUGAGUCUCGGGUACAGAGGGAGUAAUACCAAGUUCAAUUACGAUUUGGAGCGACAACCUUUAAUAAAUGAUGAAAAUGAUGAUUUUGAUGUCGAGAACGAAGAGGACGCGACGAAAAUGUUCGGAACAACUUUGAGGAGGAAGAAAAGGACAACGACGAUCAAAACCGCCGCGACAGUCGCGUUCGCGUGCGUCGGGGGAUUGUUCGCGCUCGUUUCUUCCUCCUCUGGUUCUUCUUCUCCUGCAUCGUUAGUGAAACGUUUUGUGCGUACGAAUGAGGGUGUUGGUGCAAGUUCUGCUCUGGCCGACAAAGCGUACGGACGAAGAACAACAUCGACGACUUCUUUCCUCGGUUUCGGCGGCAAGAAAGCGACGACGACGGGAGUGAAAACGACGAGGACGCCCAAGGUCGUCGAUGGUGUCGCUGUUGAGAAGAAGACUUUGAAGAAGAAAGAGCAAGAGACGGUUCUCGAGGACGAACCGAAACCUCCGGCGCUGGACCAGGAGAGUUUACGACCGAAGGAGGAGGAAGAAGAGGAGGUGAAAGAAGCAGAGGAAGAAGAAGUGAGAGAAAAAGCAGACGAGAGUGAGAACGACGGCCCCGAGAGCCAAAGCGCUUUGGAGGAGAUGGAGAAGAGCGUGGAGGAGGACAAUAGUAAAGCGGCGGAAAAAGUUGCCGCGGCGUCGGCUUCCGCUGGUAGCACUGAUGAAAAGAGCGGGAAAGUCAUCACGUUGCACACGGCGUGCUCGCCUCUGGAGAGAUUGAAUUUUGAUCCGAAAGAGUGGACCGGCGUCGUCGGCGCUCGCAUUGCAGUGGCGCGAUUAGACAACCCGAACUUAUCCUUCUCGAAAUCCAUCGAAAUGCGCGCGACCGAGUGCGGUUCGUACGAAAUCGAAGAGGAAGGUGUCUUGGAAGACGGCGACAAUUUCGGGUUUUAUUUGUACCCAAUCGUGAACAAAGACAGUCACGCGCCGCAUCUCGGGUACCCGGUUAAAGAUGUCGGGUGUUACGUCGCCGAUCAAUCCGGGUUUUGCCCGCAACAAAUAGCGCCGAUGGUGAAAACAAUUGGCGGACCGUUCGGGUUGAGAGAGUGCACGAAGCCGAGUAAAGUGAGCAACGAGGAAACUGGAACCUCGAGCGUGUUCUUUUCGAGAGUUUACAGUAAAAGUAGCGAAGAUUCGAGCAAAUCUUCGAGCGCGUAUCAGUGGGGGUCGUGCUCGGAAACGUGCGAUUACAACAAGAAUUCUGUUUGCGCUACUACGCAGAACGCUCAAGAAGAAGAUGUCGCGGGCGCGGGCGAACAAGAAGAAGAAGAACAAAAAGAAGAAGAAGAAGAAGGAGAAAAAGAAGAGAAACUCUCCAAGAAAGAACUCUUAGCUAAGAAAGAGCGCGAGCAAGCGUUGAAGAACGAGGAAGAGAUGGCGCAAAAGCUCUUAGCCGAAGCGAUGAAGAAGGAGAAAAAUUUGAAGAGCGAGGCGUACGAGAAAAAGAUGGAGAAGAAACGCUUAAAGAAAGAGGAAGAGGAACGCAAAGAGUUGGAAGCGAACAUCGAUAAAGAUGAAACAGUGGGCGAAAAAGUCAUCGACGAAGCCAUGGAAGCUCCGAUUUAUGACGAUGAAAAAAAGACGAGAACGACGUACAGCGUGGUGUCGACGCCGCCGGAGCCGGAGAAGAAAAAAUCCAUCACGGAAGGCGCGAUCAAAUCCAUCGCCGAUAAAAUCGCCGAGAAGUUUGGGUACGAGCCGAAGAAGGAAGAAGAAGGAGAAGUCGUCAAGAAGGAAGAAGAAGAAGAAAAAGAAGAAGAAGAAAAAAUAAAAGCGAAAGUAAGUUCCGAUGAUGACGACGAGAAGAAGAGUGAGAAAACCAAGAAGACGAAGAAGAGCUCUUCUUCUAAAACAGACAACAAGAAUGUUCUUUACAAAGGUCACGAGAUACAACCGCCGAAACCACCAAAAGCGAGCUCGACGGUGACGUAUACGGUAGUUAAGAAACCGGGAGGCGUGACAUCGUCCACCGUGACUGGAAACGUUCCGAAACCACCCGCUGUUCUUCCUCCGAAACCGGAUGGUAUUUACGAACGCGACCCGUCGGCGAAGCCGACGGACGUUUCCAACGCCAUCGCUAUGGAAUCCAACGUCGGCGUGAAGCCAGCUUUGGCAGAACAUCACAGCGAAAAAUACGAGAGUUCCAAACACGCGGGAGAAACCGAUGAAGAGCUCGUUCCUCCGAAACCUCCGACGAUUCAAGAUGCCUCUACGUCGUCCUCGGGUACGACCAUUUCGGAAAAGCCUCCUUUACCGCCCCCGCUCAAAAACUCGGUCCACGUCAAUGGAGGCGCGGUUCCGCCGCGACCGCCAUCGGUACAGUGCGCCAAACGCACUGACGACAAAAAACGUCUCCACGACGAAACUUUUGAGUUUGCCAUCGAGAAAUGUCUCGAGGAAGAACCCGUGCAAGGUUUAUGCGAACGGUUUGGAAAGCUCUCCAUGUUUGGCGUCAUGCCGGAAUGGGACGUCUCGUGCGUCACCGACAUGACGGAUGCGUUCAAGUAUAAAACGUCCUUCAACGGCGACUUGAGCAAAUGGGACACGAAAUCUGUGGUUGAUUUUUCCGGCAUGUUUUCCAGCGCGUUCAAGUUCAACCAAGACAUCUCCAAGUGGGAUACGUCGCAAGUCACGAGCAUGUUCUCCAUGUUCUACUUCGCCAACUCCUUUGACAAAGACAUCUCCAAGUGGGAUACGUCCAACGUGAACGACAUGACGGGCAUGUUCUACGCCGCGUCCAAAUUCAACAAAGACGUUCGUCCUUGGAACGUGAAGAAAGUGAAAUCCAUGGAAUCUAUGUUUCGCGAAGCCGACGAGUUCGAUAAAGAUGCGUUCAAACACACCGACGCUUUAUUGACAACCUCGAACAUGUUCCGUAACGCCAUGAAAUUCAACUCGAACGUAAACGAUUUAGUGAUGGAUUCAGUCAAAGAUGCCUCGUACAUGUUCUACGGCUCGGAAAAAUUUGACCAACCUCUGGAUAACUGGAACACCGCAAAAGUGGAAAAUAUGGAACACAUGUUCCACUACGCCUCCAGCUUCAACCAAAACUUGAAUCGAUGGGACACGUCCUCGGCGACGAACAUGAACGGCCUCUUCCAAUCCGCGAGCACAUUCAACGGCGACAUUUCCAAAUGGAACGUCUCCAAAGUCGAAAAAAUGUUCAGCAUGUUCAAAAACUGCAAAAAUUUCAACGCGGAUCUCUCCCACUGGCGUCCGGAGCGCGCCGUGGAUAUGAGCUACAUGUUUUACAACUCCGCGUUUGACGGCGACGUCCGAAUGUGGCUCUCGAAACAACCCAAGCUCGACACGACCGAAAUGUUCGUCAAAGCUGCGUAUUUCGGCAAGAAGUGGAAGUGCGAAGACGCCGACCACGGACCGCCGCAUUCUUGCUCGCUCAAGAAAGAAGACUAA